AUGAGCAUCCAUUCCCCACCCACGCUGCUGGAGCUGGCAGGGCACAUCUUGCUGAGCGACAAGUCCAGGGCUGUCCUGGAUCUGGAGGACUUGCCCAUAGAGCUCUUCCCACCACUCUUUGUGGAGGCCUUCAGCAGGGGACACAGUGAGGUCCUGAAGAAAAUUGUGCAGGCCUGGCCCUUCACCCGCCUUCCCCUGGGGGCACUGAUGAGGAAGCCACAGCUUGAGAUGAUCCAAGUGGUCCUAGAUGGCCUGGACAUGCUGUUUGCCCAGCAGAAUCACCCCAGGCUUCCAGAUGUGGCAGUGCUUGUGGCAGCUGUGGUGACCCAUGAAGGAGGCUAUACCUGUCCCUGCCUCAGUCUGUACAAGUGGGGGAACCAGGCUGGAUGGGAGCAAAGUGGAUGGAGAAAAAACUUCUGGAAAAUGUGGUCUGGAGUCUUGGUUGAUGGCUGCUCACCAGAGGAAAUAAAAAAGAAUCAAACAUUGAAACUUGGUCCAGCAAUGGCAGCUAAGCCACCCUUCAACGUAGUCAUAGACUUGAGCCUCAGAAAAAGACCCCUGGUUGAAUUCAUGACCCACUUGUUCCUGUGGGUCAGACAGAGAAAGGACAAGCUGCACCUGUGUUGCAAUAGGCUGAAGAUCGUUGGGAAACCCACCAGCUACACCAGGAAGGUCCUGAGACUACUGCAGCUGGACUCUGUCCAGAAGGUGGAAGUGCAUUGUGCCUGGGCGCCCUUCACCUUGGCUGCUUGUGCUCCAUUGUUCAGCCAGAUGAGGAACCUGAGGAAGCUGUUUGUCUCCAAGAUCUAUGUGUCUGCCUACACCUCCCAAAAGGAGCAGGAGCAGCUGCUUGCCCAGCUCACCUCGCAGUUCCUCAGGAUGGACUGCCUGCAGAAGUUCUGUGCCAAUGCUCUCUUCCUCCUUGAGGGCCACCUGGAACAGGCACCUGAAGAUCCCCCGGAGACCCUCUCAAUAACCAACUGCCCACUGUCAGAUUCUGACUGGAAUUACCUUUCCCGAUAUCCAAACGCCAGACAGCUCAGACACCUGGAACUGAGGGGCAUCAAACUGACUGAUUUCAGUCUGAAGCCCCUCCAAAUCCUGCUGGACAGCACUGCAACCACACUGAACAUCCUGGACUUGGCAACUUCUUGUAUCACUGAUUCCCAGCUCCAAGCCCUCUUGCCUGCCCUGAGCCGCUGCUCCUAG